AGGGCCGGAGCAGCCCGGGGUGGGCUGGGGCGGGCUGCGGGCUCUGCGCUCCGGGCUGGCGGCUCUGCCUCCGGUGACACGCCCGCAGCUCCGGCCCCGCUCGGAGCUUCCUCACGCCCUCCGCCUGUCCGCGGUCCUUCCCUCGGAGAGGUGGGCUCGGAGGAGCGAGGAGCCGGUGUGAAGGAAGCGGAGCAGGGCCGGGAUGAAAUUCCUCGCUGCUUACUGCGUGCUGCCCCUCUUCCCUGCGCUGGUCCUGGGCUCUGGACAGGGCUAUGAAGACCUGGAAAGACAACUGAAAGAAGUCUUUAAAGAGAGGAGCAACAUACUUCAUCAACUGUUAAAGACUUCUAAAGAACUUCAGGGAAUUAAAGUAAACCUCCAGUCUUUAAAAAAUGAUGAAGCAUCAACCAAAAAUGAUGUACAGAAACUUCUGGAAAUGGGCCAAAACCAAAGGGAAAUGAAAUCUCUCCAGGAAGCCUUUCAAAAGCAGCUUAAUGAGGCAGCUGAGAAGGCAGAGAAGCAGCAGGCUACCGUGGCACUAUUUUCAUGGACCCCCUACCUACAUUUCUGCAUGACCCCAAUCUCCCUGAAAUGCUUCCUCCUCGACUUUGCGGUUUUCACUCAGGUCCAUAUUCACAGUAGGAUGAAUGAAAAGGUGCGAUACGAGAAGCGGCCGGAGGGGGCGCUGCAGCAGGAGCGCGACCACCUUGCUGCUUGCAAAAUGGCGGCGGCGGAAAUAGGUGGCAUUGCUCACGGGAGCGCCAUUUUUCCGUACGGAACACGUCUGCCAGGUGCCGCCAUUUUGUUGUACGGACAGCUCCUGCGUGCAAUCUCUGCGCUAAAAGAAGAAAUCUGUGAAGAAUUCCUGCGGUACCGCGGACUGUGCGAAGGGAAAGGCUCUCCGUCUGCUCCCGGCUCGUCCCCGCCGGUCUCUUCGAACUUGCUAAAGGCAAAGCUGUGUUUGUUGCGUUUAAAAAUUGCCGCGGAGCCGCUGAGCCCGCCCCGCUGGCACUGGGCACCGUCCCACCAGCACCGGGCUGCGCUGUGUCCUUAUUUCCGCUGUUUGCGCUGGCUGCGCACUUGGCGUAGCCAAUGUGACUGUGCAGCUCCCGGCUGCGCUAUUUUCUUACUUCCGCUGUUUGCGGUGGCUGCGCACUUCGCAUACUUUGUAACACUUACUAAUAAGUUAUUUUGGCUUUUUUUGUCCCACUCUCACAACAAAAGCCUCAAAAACAAGCUCUUGUCAGGAAACAAGCUUUGUGGUAUGCACACAGAAGAGUCAAAAAAGAUCCAAGCCCAGCUGAAAGAGCUUCGUUAUGGGAAAAAGGAUUUGAUUUUUAAGGCACAACAGCUAACAGAUCUGGAGCAAAAACUAUCAGUUGCAAAAGACAAAUUGGAAAACGCAGCCCUUGACAAAGAGUCCCAGCUGAAAGCUCUGAAGGAGACUGUGCAGCUUUGCCUGUCCUCCGUUCUGCACAGUCAGCCUCCCACAGUGAGUCUGAGCUCCUCCAAACCAGCUGAGAAGCUGCCUUCCUCCAGUGCAAAGGGCUCCAAAGCCCCAUCUCUAGGGACAAGCACCAAGGUCUGGCAAAAUGUCUCAGCAGAGAAAAAGAAUUUUCCUGUGGCCUUGAAAAAGGAAGAAAAUCAAAGCACCCAGGAGUGUGAUUCUCAAGAUGUAAGAUUAGCUCACCUGAAAAACAAGGCCUAACCUAGGCUGUAUGAAAACAUGAAUGCUGUAGGCAACUGUCAAUGAGACUUUUCCUAUUCAAGAUGAUAGAGAUAUUUUAUAAGCCUGCUAUGUUCUGUAUUAAAGUGCUGAGGAGCAAAUGCUCUUUGCUGUCAAUCUGUGCAUAUAUAUUAUCAAGGAUUUUUUUUUAAAAACUGCCUAAUAGAACUGGUAAAGCUGUUGCAGGAAGAGCAGUGCUGGAAAAUUAUGUUUGAUGUUUAACCAUUUCAAAAAUUUAUUUGUUACUGGUUGAAGUGUUGCCUAUGUUAUAGUGAGAUGAAAAACCCUUGUUUACAUAUCAUUAUAUUUAUUACUAAUUUAUUUACUUCUAAUAAUUAGGCACAGCCUUCACAGAUGUUUUGUUUAACAAAGCAAAGCCUUUGGGGAGAUGUAAGACAUGACAGCAUAAUAGAUGAAAUAAUGUGAUACUGUUCACUGCCAGUCUAGAAAAACUGUAAGCUGUGUUUUUCUUAUGACAGUUCUGACAGAAAGCUAAAUCUGGUGCUUUUACUGAGCCAAUACACUCAAUCAAACAGCGUGGUGUGAACUCUUAACAGAAAUCUCAAAUACAUGUAUUGUGGCUGAAAUUAUAAAGAUACAAAUAGAACAGGAAAAAAAACAGAGAAAAUGAGCGAGACAGAUUUUGUUGUGAGAGUCUGCUCUGACUGUUGAGGACUUUCUGCUCAAUCGUUCAAAAAGUAUAGUGCUACUCUAAUUUGCAGGUGAAAUAUAUAUAUAUCGAAUGUUCAAUAUAUAUUGAAAAUAUUGAUAUAUCUCGAGAUAAAAUCUUACGGAGGAAAAUGAGUAGCUUGCUGUUAGUGAAGAAAAUUCUGGAAAACAGAUCUUAGAUAAUUCAAUAUACAAUAAAUUUUUAAAAAAUUAUAUAGCAUCCAUUUAUUGCAAAAGUGUUACGAGUUUGUUGAGUUAUAAGUUACCUCCCUUCUACCACAUCCUCUACAGAACAAGGAGAAAUUACGAAAAUCCAUAUGAGUGCAUACUUUGCUGUUGCACAUUUCUUAAUACCUAAAAGUAAAGGAAACUUCAGUUAUUAAUGAAAUUUAAAGGGGAAGAAAAACUUGUAAAACUGUGAAGUUGGAGUGAACUCCAUUUAGAUUAUGAUUAGAGGUUAGUUAUUGCUUGGAAAAGUUGUUUAAGGCUUGAUGAAAUAGUAGAAUACUUUCAGUUGAGACUGAAACAAUUUAGGCUAAAUACUUGCAUCAGAAAUUUUAAACAGCUCUUUUAUACAGAAGUGGAUACAUUAAAAGAGAAAGAAAAAGAAAAUAACUGGUAAUAUAUUUCAAAAGUCAAACCAGUAUUUAAUUUCUGUAUCAAGUACUGCAAGGAAAGACACCUAAAAGAUUCACCCUUCCAUAAAAUCAAGGUUGUAGUUACUGAGAUGGUGGUUUAGUUAUUUAGGUGGUUGUUUUUUGUCCUUCUAACAGCUCGUAUUUUUAACUGUUUAGUCAGUCAGCAACUGUUCAGUCCGUCAGCAGACAGACACACUGUCCAUCUUAACAUAGGCUAAAAUGGCCAUAAAAAUAGUGCAGGUGAUGACAUUGGUCCAACAACCUUUUCUUCAUCAUCAUCUCACAUUAACAUAGAGAGAAAGAAAGACACAAGGAAGAGUUCAAAUUAUUAGCUUUGAGAACUGAAAUAAAAAUCUUCUUUCCACAAUUAGCCUACAUAUAGUGGCAUUAGAAAUACCACUUUAAGUUCUGAAAGAACAGGAUUGAAUUUAUACCCAAAGGAUCAUAUUACUUAAGUAAUUCAAGGCUGCAAUUUGUACCUGUGAACACUAUCACUUGAAGAAAAUGCAACACUUAGGAAGAUUUUAAAUUGUUUUUUUCAUUACUUGACUGUGUGUAAUUUUUUCUGAAGUUUUUACAGCUUCUUACAUUCAAAUGAAGGAAGAUUAAGGUUGGAUGGUUAAGGUUGUAAUGCAGCAUUUUAAAGAAAAAUUAGUGAAGAUGUACUAAAAACUGUGUUGCUUAGAAACCUAAUAUUUCAGUAAUCCUUUCGCAGAACUUUACAAAGAUCUUUUAUUGUGUCUCUGAUAAACAAAAUGAGAUUUCUAUUUAGAAAGAAUUAAGGUAGUGAAGACUAACUAGAGAAGAAUAUGCAAUCUUAUAGAUACUGAGGCAAAAAAUAAAGCAAAAUGGUUAGCUGUUGGUUCCCACUGGUAUUGUUAAGUCUGUAUGGCUAAGCAUGUCUAUCUUAAAGUUGUGAUCUUUCUGCAAUUUUGUAUUUAUGGGGCUUAUGCCUGUUCAGAGUAAUUAGUGUUGUUUACAUUAGAACAAAUACUGAAAUACAAAAAUGAAAAUUUAUUGGCAAAUGCGAUACAGAGUAGCAAAUUUGGAAAUUAGAUAUUGCUGAUAUUUAUCUGUAAUGAAAUUUGGCCUAGGACCAGUAAUAGCCAGAAAUAGGUAGAAUAUCCUGUGAUACAGAAUCUGAAAUUCAUCAAACCCCCCC